GGGUCCUGAGGUUGAGAAAGGCCCAGCCCGGGUCUUCGAAGCCGGUCAGCGACUGACCCGGGGUAGGCUUCCUUCCCAGUAAGAAGCGGGAGAGGAAAUCGCACACAAAAGCCGUACGACUUGUCCCUUAUCAGCGUCUAAGGGAAAGGGUGGAGAAAAGGGAAAUAGAAACGGACCAGGCGCCGCGGAUCCCGCCCGAGCGGCUUUUAAACUGCGUUUCCACAACCUCUCGCAGGGCGCCUCGGCUAAUGGAACCCGCGCGAGGCAGCGGGCCAAUCACCGCCGCGCUUCCUCCGGCCGCCGGCCAAUGGCGGAGCGCGUUCUUGGUGCGUGGGCGAAGCAAGCUGCUCUCCUUGGCUGUCGUGUGUGGGCUGGGGUUGGUGCGAGCUCCUAUUUGGGCUGCACUUGGUUUACAGUUCUGCUCCGGGGCUUUUGUGUGCAGCUUUUGCGUUCUUUUCCGUGUGCGAGUUUUUCUCUUCUUUUUUUUGUUUUUUUUGCUCCGCGCGCUGAUCCAGGUUGGGAGCCUUGCGGCUCGGAGGCGGCAACGCGUACCCCCCCCCUCCUUCCAGGCAAGGAGCGAGCGAGCGCGCCGGCGUGAGCGCGGGUGUGACGGCUGCGGGGAAGGGGAUUCGCCGCCGAAAUGCCGGAGUUUCUGGAAGACCCCUCGGUCCUGACGAAGGAGAAGUUGAAGAGUGAGUUGGUGGCCAACAACGUGACGCUCCCGCCGGGGGAGCAGCGCAAAGACGUGUACGUGCAGCUGUACCUGCAGCACCUCACGGCGCGCAACCGGCCGCCGCUGGCCGCGGGCGCCAACAGCAAGGGGCCCCCGGACUUCUCCAGCGACGAAGAGCGCGAGCCCACCCCAGUCCUCGGCUCCGGGGCCUCCGCCGCGGGCCGCAGCCGAGCCUCCGUCGGCAGGAAAGCUACAAAGAAAACUGAUAAACACAGACUGGAAGAUAAAGAUGAUUUAGAUGUAACAGAGCUCACUAAUGAAGAUCUUCAGGAUCAGCUUGUGAAAUAUGGGGUGAAUCCUGGCCCUAUUGUGGGAACAACCAGAAAGCUGUAUGAGAAAAAGCUGUUGAAACUGAGGGAACAAGGAACAGAAUCAAGAUCUUCUACUCCUUUGCCAACAAUUUCUUCUUCAGCAGAAAAUACAAGACAGAAUGGAAGUAAUGACUCUGACAGAUACAGUGACAACGAGGAAGGAAAGAAGAAAGAACACAAGAAAGUGAAGUCCACUAGGGAUUUUGUUCCUUUUUCUGAACUUCCAACUACUCCCUCUGGUGGAUUUUUUCAGGACUCUAAAAUAGAGCUCAAGCUUGAGAAGAGGGAACCACUAAAGGGCAGAGCAAAGACUACAGUAACACUCAAGCAAAGAAGAGUUGAGCACAAUCAGAGCUAUUCUCAAGCUGGAAUAACUGAAACUGAAUGGACAAGUGGAUCAUCAAAAGGCGGACCUCUGCAGGCAUUAACUAGGGAAUCCACGAGAGGGUCGAGAAGAACUCCGAGGAAAAGGGUGGAUACUUCAGAACAUUUUCGUAUAGAUGGUGCAAUAAUUUCAGAGAGUACUCCCAUAGCUGAAACUAUAAUGGCUUCAAGCAACGAAACCUUAGUUGUCAAUAGGGUGACUGGAAAUUUCAAGCAUGCAGCUCCCAUUCUGCCAAUCACUGAAUUCUCAGACAUACCCAGAAGAACACCAAAGAAACCAUUGACAAGAGCUGAAGUGGGAGAAAAAACAGAGGAAAGAAGAAUAGACAGGGAUAUUCUUAAGGAAAUGUUUCCCUUUGAAGCAUCUACACCAACAGGAAUUAGUGCAAGUUGCCGCAGACCAAUCAAAGGGGCUGCAGGCCGGCCAUUAGAACUCAGUGAUUUCAGGAUGGAGGAAUCUUUUUCAUCUAAAUAUAUUCCUAAGUAUGUUCCCUUGGCAGAUGUCAAGUCAGAAAAGACAAAAAAGGGACGCUCCAUUCCCAUGUGGAUAAAAAUUUUGCUCUUUGUUAUUGUGGUCAUUUUUAUGUUUUUGGUCUACCAAGCUAUGGAAACCAACCAAGUAAAUCCGUUCUCUCCACCUGUUGGUGACUCUGGAAAUUCCAACUGAAUGAUAUCUCUUUGGCACACUCACCUUGGUCUCCUGUUUUUAAUAACUGUAAAAAAACCAUUUGUGUAUACUUGUUGACUCAAGAGCUAAAAUAAUGUGAUUUCACCUCAAUAAAUGUAGUGUUCAUUGAAAAGCAAACAAGAUACUAUAUAAAUGGACUUCAUUUAAAUGUUUUGGACUUUGGACUAAUAGGAGAUCACUCCGUGCCAUAUGAAUAAUCUUUUUUAGCUCUGGAACUUUUUUGUAGGCUUUAUUUUUUUAAUGUGGACAUCUUAUUUCAUUUUUGAGAAAAAAUGUAUAUUGUUUCUGUGUAUUUGGGAAACAAGAAGGGCAAAAUGCAUAAUGUGAACCUACACAUUUAAAUACUUUCAAUUCUUACAGAAAAGAUUUAAGAAUUAUUCUCUGCUGGAUAAAAACUUAAGAGAUACAUGAAACAUGAAAUUGUGAGAAAAAGUAACUUGGGUUGUACUUUUUGUAAGAGCAAAAAUUUCAUGAUGUUUAUGGGGGAAAGUACAGCAAUAAUCUCUUCUGUAACUUUUAUUAAUUGUAAUGGUAUUGUAGCCCUACUGUACUCACUUUUUAAAAGAUUUCUAGUAUCAUGAAUGUCUUAUUCCAGUAAGGCCCAUUUAAAUACAGCUGAAUUUUAGCAGGGAUCUUAGAGUGUAACAUAUGUACAUGUUUUAGAGGACUGUUAGCUGGCUAUACAUGUUUUAAAAGCUGUUUAGCUAGCUAUAAGGCUGUAAUUUGAAAACUGUACUUUUUAUUUACAGCAAAAAAUAUUGUCAAUUCAAUUAGCUACCAAAAUAUUUUUUAGAUAAAUAGGUGUGUGUCUGUUUAGAAGUUAGAAACUUUACACACUGGUCUUAGCUUCCAUUUGGAGUCCUUAUUCCAUUGUCUUCUGUUACAAAAAACAAAUUUUGCCAAGUUUUUAUGCCCCCUAUUCUCAACAUAAUUUGAUUUAAAAGUGCAGAAGGUGUUUGCUUUUAAAUUACAUAGUAAACUUUUCUUGGAUCUACAGUAGUUAAUACAUGAAUUUAUAAACUCUGAAUAUGAGGCGGGCAUUAUUUUUGUGCAUUCUUAAAGUCGGUUAACUUUAUUUUUUGUGGGUUGUUUUUUUUUUUUUUCUUUUGCUAAAACUUACCUCAUGUAUAACUUGGUUAAGUAAUUGAAAUUUCAACAGAAUCAAGUAAAACAAAUUUUAAACUUACUCGUUUGAGUUAUUGAUUUUACAGUCUGUGACCAGAAAGCACACUAAAAAUGUAAGUUAUUUUUAAGAGUCAUCUGAAAUAGAUACUUUGAAAAGGGGGAAAGGCAGAAAGUGUGUAUUUAGAUCACAAAACUUUUAUUUGAAUUAACCCCAUUCUGAUACUUACAUUUUAGAAAUUUUGUAGACAUUUUUCACUUGGCAAUUUACCAGAAAUGUUCAUAGGCCCGGUACUGCAGAGGGAGUGAGAAACAUACUCCUCUAUCAGAAAAGCUUGCCUCUCUGAGUAAAAGUGUUUCUUUGAGAUGAGCCACACAGAGGGCACGUUUUACUCAACUUUUCUGCUGUAAGGUAAUGGAGGUCUACUUUCACUUGCUUUGUUUUUAAACUGUUUCCCAUUUUGUUUUCAAUCUUUUGUUUAUAAAUAGAAAUUGUGAGAAGCUGCAUUUAAUGUUUAAAAAUGUGGGACGAUAAAUCAGACUUAAUAUGUAUGUAAGAUCAAUUUUCUAAUAGGAAAGGUAUGGUCCAAAAUAGCAAAAGUAGGACCAGAUAAAACAUGUAGUCUUUUUUUUUUUUUUUUAAUGUGUAUCUGGUCUUUUGUCUGUCUGUUUUAUUCCACUAGAAUGUGUCCUUGAUGUAAAUGCGAAGCAUUUUUUCCUGAUUAAACUGUAGAUGUAGAUUUGACAAUAUAAUUCAACAAUAAAAAGUAAUUAACCUCUA